GUCCUCGGGGCGGAGGGCUGGGGUUCGCGGGGCCGGGGACGCCGGGGGCGCCGGGGACGCCGGGUAGCUCCGCGUUGCCAGGUUACCGAGCGCGCGCUCCGCGGCCGCUCCUCCGCCCGGGCUGCCCUCGGCGCCGCCUGAGCCGCCGUGCGGGCUGCGCGGGGCGCCGGUUCCGCGGACGCCUGGGUCGGGGGCUGCGUGUGAGCCGCUCGUCGCGCGGGGCCGGGACGCCGGGGCGCGGGAGGUUGGGGGCCGCGGGGGCGCCGGCCUGGGGUCCCCCGGCGUCCCGGCUCCGCUCAGGGCGCCCGCCCAGGGUCCUCCGGCGCGAGGCCCCCCUUCCGGGCAAGAUGGCGGCGCCCAGGCGGCUGUGAGGGCCGCGCCGAGGUGGUGGAGCCGGACUCCGAGAGGGCCGAGCCUGCCGCGCCCAGGGCUUGGAUCCCGGGCUGGCCUCCCGUCUCCCGGGCAGCGCAAUGACUAUUUUCAAUAAAAGCUCUGUUUGACGUUGAAAGUGGGAUUGGGCCAGGAUCAGAGGCUGGACCUUACUCGCCUCCCUCCUUGACCUGUUUCUUCCCCUUGUGACUUCAUCACCAAGGUGGACAUCACUGAACGUGCCCAUCGGCACAUCCCGCCAGCCCCUCAAACAGGACCUCCAGACUGUUUUCUACGGCAGCUGCACCGUUUUGCCUUCCCAUCAGCUGUGCACCAGGUUCCGGUUUCCCCAGAUUGGCGAACCCGUGAAAGGAGUCGCUGCGAUGGUUUGCUGGGCUCUCGGGAGAGCUGCCCAGGUGCGCGUGCACCUGGCGAGGAAGGCCAGCGGGGUCUGCCGGGGCCCUGCGCAUCAGGCCUUGGGCUCGAGGCCCGCCGCCCCCGGAGCCCCCGGGGCCCGCGGAGCCCCCGGCAGCGCGCUGGAGCUGCUGGGCGAGUCCUACCCGCAGGACGGCUACAGCAACCUGAACCGCAAGGUCCUGUCCAGGGUGGGCAGGAACCUGCACAACCAGCCGCACCACCCGCUGUGGCUGCUCAAGGAGCGGGUGAAGCAGCACUUCUACGCGCGCUACGCGGGCCGCUCGGGGACGCCGCUCUUCUCCGUCUACGACCGCCUCUCCCCGGUGGUCACCCCCUGGCAGAACUUCGACAGCCUGCUCGUCCCGGCCGACCACCCCAGCCGGAGGAAGGGCGACAGCUACUACCUGAACGCGGGCCACAUGCUGCGCGCGCACACGUCGGCGCACCAGUGGGACCUGCUGCGCGCGGGGCUCGACGCCUUCCUGGUGGUGGGCGACGUGUACCGGCGCGACCAGAUCGACGCGCACCACUACCCCGUGUUCCACCAGCUGGAGGCCGUGCGGCUCUUCUCCCGGCACCAGUUAUUUGCUGGCAUAAAGGAUGGAGAAAACCUGCAGCUUUUUGAACAGAGUUCUCGUUCUGCCCAUAAACAAGAGACACACACUCUGGAGGCCACGAAGCUCGUAGAGUUCGACCUUAAGCAAACACUUACUGGGCUUAUGACACAUCUUUUUGGAGAUGGACUGGACAUCAGAUGGGUGGACUGCUACUUUCCUUUCACUCAUCCUUCCUUCGAGAUGGAGAUCAACUUCCAUGGAGAAUGGCUGGAAGUUCUCGGCUGUGGGGUGAUGGAGCAGCAGCUGGUAAAUUCAGCUGGUGCUCACGACCGGAUCGGCUGGGCCUUCGGCCUCGGGCUGGAGCGGCUGGCCAUGACCCUCUACAACAUCCCUGACAUCCGCCUCUUCUGGAGUGAGGACGAGCGCUUCCUGAAGCAGUUCCGCGUGCAGGACAUCAACCAGAAGGUGACGUUCCAGCCUCUCAGCAAAUACCCUGCUGUGUUCAACGACAUCUCAUUCUGGUUACCUCGCGAGAAUUACACAGAGAACGAUUUCUAUGACUUAGUCCGAACAAUUGGAGGAGACCUGGUGGAAAAAGUUGAUCUCAUAGACAAGUUUGAACAUCCAAAGACGCACAGGACCAGCCACUGCUACCGCAUCACCUACCGCCACAUGGAGCGCACGCUGUCGCAGGGGGAGGUCGGGCGCGUCCACCAGGCCGUGCAGGAGGCGGCCGUGCGGCUGCUGGGCGUCGAGGGCAGGUUCUGAUGUCACCGCUUCCGUGGCCGCGGCCCUCCCAGGGCUCCGGGUUUGCGGAGUGAAAGAGGGUGAGCGUCUUUGCAGACUGAGGCAUCCGUCAUCUCGUGACAAAUGGGUCCGUUUCAGGACUUUCUCAAAAUAAAGGAUUGUUCUUGAGAAA